AUGGAAGGGGCCAGCCCCGCGCCGGCGGGAGAGGAGCUGGAGCUCGUCUUGCUGGAGGGGCAGCCGGAGGAGGGGACGCCUCUCAAUGGAACCGUCCAGGUCAUCCCUGCGGGCGAUGAGCCCUGCCCAGCCCAGGCUAACAAGGAAAGCCCCUGGAGCUCCUGUAAUAAGAUCGUGUUUGGAAAGUGUAAACUGUGGAUGGUCAUCACCUCCAUUUUUCUAGUUCUUAUUAUAGAGAUCAUCAUAGGUUUAUGUCUCAGUGGAGUAACUUAUGUCGAUGAAGAUGAAAACGAAGUCCUUGAGUUAUCAUCAAAUAAAACAUUCUUGGUCAUGCUAAAGAUUCCAGAGGAGUGUGUUACAGAAGAGGAGUUGCCUCACCUGCUCACUAAGAGGCUCACGGAUGUGUACAGUACAUCUCCAGCUCUGAGGCGUUAUUUCACUUCAGUUGAAAUAUUUGACUUAAGUGGUGAAAAUUCCACAGUGAUUUACCACCUACAAUUCGGGGUCCCAUCAGAUAAUGAAAAUUUUAUGAAGUAUAUGAUGAGUGAGGAGUUGGUGCUGGGCAUUUUGCUACAAGAUUUCCAUGAUCGGAACAUCCCUGGUUGUGAGAGUCUGGGGCUCGAUCCAGCAUCCCUUUUGCUAUACGAAUGA